UCUCAACAGGGUUAUUCCGAGUCACCAGACCUUGAGUUCGAAUAUGCGGACACAGACAAGUGGGCUGCAGAGCUCUCAGAGCUUUACAGCUACACAGAAGGACCAGAAUUCCUGAUGAAUCGGAAAUGCUUUGAGGAGGACUUCCGGAUCCAUGUGACAGACAAGAAGUGGACUGAGCUGGACACAAACCAGCACCGUACCCAUGCCAUGAGGCUUCUAGAUGGCUUGGAAGUCACCGCCAGGGAGAAGAGGCUCAAGGUGGCAAGAGCAAUUCUCUACGUUGCCCAAGGCACCUUUGGGGAGUGCAGCUCAGAGGCAGAGGUGCAGUCCUGGAUGCGCUACAACAUCUUCCUGCUGCUGGAGGUGGGCACGUUCAACGCUUUGGUGGAGCUUCUGAACAUGGAAAUAGACAACAGUGCCGCGUGCAGCAGUGCAGUGAGGAAGCCCGCCAUCUCCCUGGCUGACAGCACAGACCUGAGGGUCCUGCUCAACAUCAUGUAUUUGAUUGUGGAGACUGUGCACCAGGAGUGUGAGGGUGACAAGGCCGAGUGGAGGACCAUGCGACACACCUUCAGAGCUGAGCUGGGCUCCCCACUGUACAACAAUGAGCCAUUUGCCAUCAUGCUGUUUGGGAUGGUGACCAAGUUCUGCAGUAGCCACGCCCCUCACUUCCCCAUGAAGAAAGUUCUCUUGCUGCUUUGGAAGACAGUGUUGUGCACGCUGGGUGGCUUUGAGGAGCUACAGGGCAUGAAGGCUGAGAAGCGCAGCAUCCUGGGCCUCCCCCCGCUGCCUGAGGACAGCAUCAAGGUCAUCCGCAACAUGAGGGCCGCCUCUCCACCAGCAUCCGCCUCGGACUUGAUUGAGCAACAGCAGAAACGGGGCCGCCGGGAGCACAAGGCUCUGAUAAAGCAGGAUAACUUAGAUGCCUUUAAUGAGCGGGAUCCCUACAAGGCUGAUGAUUCUCGAGAGGAGGAGGAAGAGAAUGAUGAUGACAACAGUCUGGAGGGGGAGACGUUUCCCCUUGAGCGGGACGAGGUGAUGCCUCCCCCUUUACAGCAUCCCCAGACAGACAGGCUUACCUGCCCAAAGGGGCUCCCGUGGGCUCCCAAGGUCAGAGAGAAAGACAUUGAGAUGUUCCUCGAGUCCAGCCGCAGCAAAUUCAUAGGCUACACUCUAGGCAGUGACACAAACACAGUGGUGGGGCUGCCCAGGCCGAUCCACGAAAGCAUCAAGACUCUGAAACAGCAUAAGUACACAUCGAUCGCUGAGGUCCAGGCACAGAUGGAGGAGGAGUACCUCCGCUCACCUCUCUCAGGGGGAGAGGAGGAAGUUGAGCAAGUCCCUGCAGAAACCCUCUACCAAGGCUUACUCCCCAGCCUGCCUCAGUACAUGAUUGCCCUCCUAAAGAUCCUGCUGGCUGCAGCUCCCACCUCAAAAGCCAAAACAGACUCAAUCAACAUCCUAGCAGACGUCCUGCCCGAGGAGAUGCCCACCACAGUGUUGCAGAGCAUGAAGCUGGGCGUGGAUGUGAACCGUCACAAAGAGGUCAUUGUUAAGGCAAUUUCUGCUGUCCUGCUGCUGCUGCUCAAGCACUUUAAGUUGAACCAUGUCUACCAGUUUGAAUACAUGGCCCAGCACCUGGUGUUUGCCAACUGCAUCCCUUUGAUACUGAAGUUCUUCAACCAGAACAUCAUGUCCUACAUCACCGCCAAGAACAGCAUCUCUGUCCUGGACUAUCCCCACUGUGUGGUACACGAGCUGCCCGAGCUGACUGCGGAGAGUCUGGAAGCCGGGGACAAUAACCAGUUUUGCUGGAGGAACCUCUUUUCUUGUAUCAAUUUGCUCCGGAUCUUGAACAAGCUGACAAAAUGGAAGCAUUCAAGGACAAUGAUGCUGGUGGUGUUCAAGUCAGCCCCCAUCCUGAAGCGGGCCCUGAAGGUGAAACAGGCCAUGCUGCAGCUCUACGUGCUGAAGCUGCUCAAGGUGCAGACCAAGUACCUGGGGCGCCAGUGGCGGAAGAGCAACAUGAAGACGAUGUCUGCCAUCUACCAGAAGGUGCGGCACCGGCUGAACGAUGACUGGGCUUACGGCAACGGUGAGGCUUGAGGAAGCAGGGCUGGGGCGCCGGUGUGUGGGGAAGUC